AUGUCGACGACAGCUACAGUCACGCAAGAGGCGCCCGCCAUUGAACUUGAAUUGGCGCGGCCCCCCUCGACGCACAAUAAGCACGAUGGAAUUGUCCCCCAGGAGGCGGCAACAUCAUCACCCGUCGGUGACAUGCAACCCGACGACGGAUCGCCUCCUCACGCGCAGGGCGAGGUCGAAAGGUGGAACAAGCCAAGGGGCAACAUUGGACGACUCGCGUUUGCCUUUAUAUCGUUUAUGAUUGCCGGCAUGAACGACGCAGCAACCGGACUGGAAGAAUAUUACGAUCUGACGUACACAGUCGUAUCACUCAUCUUCCUAACACCAUUCGCCGGAUACUCCGUCGCCGCAUUUGCCAAUGCGCGUAUCCACAUGACUCUGGGGCAGCGAGGCAUCGCCAUCAUCGCGCCCCUGUGCCACAUUAUCACCUACGUCGUCCUCGCAGUGCACCCUCCCUGGCCCGUCCUCGUCGUCAUCAACAUGAUCAGCGGCUUUGGCAAUGGACUUACGGACGCAUGCUUCUGCGCCUGGGUUGGCGCGAUGGACAAGGCCAACGCAAUCCAGGGCUUCCUCCACGCCACAUACUCUGUCGGCGCUCUGUUUGCGCCUCUGAUCGCGACCAACAUGGUCGUCACGGCAAGUCUGCCCUGGUAUACCUUUUACUACGUCAUGAUUGGCAUAUCCGUUCUCGAGCUGGUUGGCCUCACUGUGACCUUUUGGCGGAAGACGGGCGAGGUCUAUCGGAAGCAGCACGAGCGGGCGAACAGCAGCCAGGGGGGCGCUGGGACGCGCGUUGCGCUCAAGAACAAGGUGACAUGGCUAUGCGCCGUCUUCUUCUUCUGCUACAUGGGCGUGGAGGUGGGCCUUGGAGGCUGGGUCGUCACCUUUAUGCUCCGCGUUCGAAAGGCGUCCCGCUACGCAUCUGGCAUCUCCGGCACGGGGUUCUGGGCAGGCAUGACGGUCGGCAGGGCCGGGCUGGGCUUCGUCACGGAGAGGUUCGGCGAGCGGCUGUGCGUGACCAUCUAUCUCCUCCUCUCCGUGGCUCUGCAGCUCCUGUUCUGGCUCGUCCCCAACUUUAUCGCCUCCGCCAUCGCCGUGGCCUUUCUCGGCGUCUUCUUGGGACCUCUCUUUCCAGGGGCCGUCAUGGUCACGGCAAAGCUUUUACCACCACAUAUUCACGUCAGCGCGAUCGGGUUCGCCAUGGCUCUUGGGGGUACUGGCGGUACAGUGUUCCCCUUUGCCAUCGGAGCCAUCGCGUCUCAUGCGGGCGUAAAGGUGCUGCAGCCCAUCAUCCUUGCCUUGAUUCUUGUCGUGAUGAUUGUGUGGUUGAGCUUUCCUCGAAUCAAGGAGGGCCAAGGGAUAUUUGCGAGGAUGAGGGCGUGGAUGGCGAGCCGGUCUUCGAGGUAG